AUGGAAUCAUCACUGAUGCCAGACAUUCGGCCACAUGAACAACGAGCCAACGGCCCUAGAUUGGCUAGAAGAAUGAACCAUCGAUAUAAAUACCUUUUCCGUCAACCUCAAGAUCCAAAAAUCCAAUCCAUGACUAGUUUGGAAUAUCUUUCUCAGUACUAUUCAGAAGACACGAUCCUCCAAAUGAAUGCCUCUUUUCCACCUUUGUUGGGUCUCAAUGCAUCAAGACACCUACAUCCCAAAGUGCGAUUCCUGCAAGAAACCAUGGGAUUGAAUGACUUGACUUCUUCUGACUUUCACAAAAAUAUCCCACCGCAGUUUUUUGGAGCACGAUUGGAGCGGACGAUUGCGCCGAAACAUGCUUUCCUUGUCUACAAAGGACUACCACAUGGACUUGAGUUGAUUCUGGACCAAACUCGAUUUCAACAGUUUUUGUUGUCAUCUCGUAAGACGAAACGAUUUUGCGCCUUGUGCAAUCAGUGGCGAGACAACAGUAAGGAUGCAAUGAUUACACCGAAACAAAUAGAUGCAUUUGUUGCAAUGUUUGGACGAGGUGCGUUGGCUGCAUCGAGAGACGAACUAUGUCAAUUCAACAAUACAUGGCCACUCGAACACAUCAAUGUUACUUCUGCUGAAAUUUUAGACGUAUUGAUUCAACACGGCGCCAAUCCAUUGGAACGAGAUAAUCGUGGAGUGUCCUUGUUGCACUGGGCAGCUGGAACUGGUAACAUGGAUGCCGUCAGCCUCUUGGUGGAGUACUUUCCCAAGCAGGUCUUGGAAUUGACCGAACGAGAUGGUGCCACACCACUUCACUGGGCUGUAGCUGGUGCCAAUGCCAAGGAAUUUGGUACCGGUGGGCAUAUUGACGUUUGCCAUUAUAUUCUGUCGUGCGGGGAUCCAAAGACGUUGGUCAAUCAACUCACAUACGACGGUAAUUCUCCACUCAUGUGGGCCAGCUGGUCGGGAACCUUGGACACUGUCAAAUUAAUGGUUCGGCAUCGUGCUGACUUUCAAAUAGCAAAUCGCAAUGGUUGCACGUGUGCACAUUGGGCGGCUUCUGGUGGCAAUCUGCAAAUUUGCAAAUAUUUGAAAAACACUGUAGGUGUUGACUUUUACCAGCCAAACCACGGUGGAAAUACACCAAUGACUCAUGCAGUGGCCUUUGGACGUGUGGAAAUUGUCAAGUGGUUGCGAGAACAAGCCAGCGACAGUGAGGAUGACAUUGCUGCCAGCUUGGCUGAAGACUUUUGCAAUUGGACCGACGGCGAUGUCAAGCGUCAACAAGUCUUGCAACUGUUUCGAGAUGAUUACUGGGAUGCAUCAGAAACAAGUAAAGCCUCGGAAGGUGAUGAAUAUUACGACGAGGACCUAUAG